AUGGACAGAUUCACAAUGCCUCUCGACUCUAGUUCUUUGGGUUCCACCAAAAAAUUUCAGCAGCAAAAAAUUACUGAACAUAUAAUGAAAGAAAGGUUGCACAAGUUGAAGAGAUAUAUUGCAAGGUGGAUAUAUGUGCAAGGAAUACCGUUCAAUGCAAUCAAUUGUGAUGAGUUCGACCAAGUGCUUGAAGCUGCUGGCCGCUUUGGGCCAGGUGGAAAGAAGCCUUACCAACAUGAGCUGCGAGAGAAUCUACUGCAUGAGGAAGUAGAAGAUACAAAGAAGCUGCUCAAGGAACAAGAACUAGAAUGGGCGAGAACUGGAUGCUCUAUUAUGACUGAUGCAUGGACAGAUCAAAAGAGGAGAAGUAUAAUGAACUUAUGUGUUAAUUGUUGCAUUGGAACCACUUUUGUUGAGUCAAAGGAGGUCUCAGCUGAGACACACACUGGAGAAUUCAUUUUCCAGUUGGUAGAUAACUUUAUUGACAAAGUAGGGGUGGAUAAUAUAGUGCAAGUGGUCACAGAUAAUGCUGCAAACAACAUGGCAGCAAAGGAUCUUCUUUAUAUCAAGAGACCCAACAUAUUUUGGAGUUCAUGUGCAACCCACACUCUCAACUUGAUGCUGGAAGGGAUUGGGAAGAUGAGAAGUUUCAAGACCAUACUUGAUUCAGCAAAAGACCUAGCCAUCUUUAUUUAUGCGCACCAUAAGACAUUGUCCUUGAUGAGGAAAUUCACAAAGAAGAGAGAAAUUAUUAGGCCAGGUGUGACCAGAUUUGCCUCCGCCUUUCUCACAUUGCAAAGCCUAUAUGAGAAGAAAGAUCAGCUAAGGGCGAUGUCACAAAGCGAGGAAUGGGAGAAGAUUAGCCAUGUCAAGAAAAGUGCAAAAGGUGUACAAGCCACAGCAACAUUGGUCAAGCCUAGUUUUUGGAAUGGUGUUAGUCUUUGCUUGAGAGUAUUUGAGCCACUAGUGAAAGUACUUCGCAUGGUUGAUGGGGAUGUUAAACCAUCAAUGCCUUUCGUUUAUGGUGAAAUUGUCAAAGCCAAGAAAGAUAUUAGGAUUGCUGUUGGAAACAUAGACAAGACAGGGACUUUGUACAAGAGUAUCAUAGGAAUCAUUGAUGAAAAGAUGAAGAAGCGGUUGGACAGCCCCAUUCACUUGGCUGCCUAUUGCUUGAAUCCUUACUAUACCUUCUAUGAUUCAUCCAUAUUUGACAGUGAAGAGGUCAUGGAUGGGUGUAUUGAAGCUGUUGAAAUAUUCUAUCAUGGUUCUUAUGACAAGCAGAAUCAAGUGCUCAAUGAUAACUUGCAUAAGUUUAAGGACAAAGUUGGGCAUUUUGGAAAAAAUGUAGCUAAGGUUGGCUAUAAGGACUAUGAUUUCAGUCCAGGUAUUUAUGUUAUUUGA